AAAUAAUCUGUACAAUACAGUGAUUUAGUAAUCUAAACAACCAAUAUGUUGUGGUUUAUGCUUCCUUGCCUUCUGACUUCUGUGUUUGGGGCACAACUGAACAAUGCAUUUUAUAAUCCAAACGUUUUAACAUAUUCCGGCGCACCCAGCGUCCAUAACAUCGAACAACCUCUUCUUCAUAAUCAAAUACCAAUAUUACGCUACAGUAGCGAUAGUACGGAAGAUGGUAAUUACAAAUUUGCUUACGAAACGGGAAAUGGAAUCGCUGUUCAAGAAAAUGGACAUUUUUCUCCCUCGAUUCCAGAAGGUGGAGCUGUCGUAACGGGUGGAGGUUUCUCAUUCACUGGGCCUGACGGACAUUCUUACAGUAUUGCUUACACUGCUGACGAAAAUGGUUUUAGACCGGUAGGAGCGCAUAUACCAACACCACCUCCAAUUCCUGAAGCUAUAGCUAAAUCUUUGGCGGAAAAUGCUAGAGGAGGAUAUGACGGCGACGAUGGUCAAUAUCGUCCUAAUGUUGUAUCUGCUUACAGACACUAGGAUUUAUGCCUGACUUAUUUGAUUGUGAUUUGAUAAUAAUUUUGCUAUGUGAUAACAAAGAUUGUACGUUUUAUAUGUAUUUACGAUAUAUUGGAAUAAAGUUGAA